AUGAACGCGGCAUUAUUAGGCAGAAUACCCCAGGAGGGUACCGGCACCUGCGGUGCAGGAGAAUCCCUCCCGCAGCGCCUGCGCUGCGGCAGCCCGUCGUAUUCUGGGGCGGGCAUAAUUCCGCUCGGUCAUGUGCCAAGGGGUUCGCAGAGCAAGCAAAAAAAAUCACCCCCCUCCACUCUCACGGUGGACUUUUGUAACAUACGGGGGCUGCACACUAACUUAAACGCCGUCCACUACCAUCUUGAGACGGCUAAGCCGGCCUUGCUCUUCCUGACUGAGACUCAGAUAUCAACUCCGGCCGACGUAUCUUAUCUCACAUACCCUGGUUUUAAGCUGGAGCAUACUUUUGCACCGCGUGCCGGGGUAUGCGCAUACGUUAGGGAGGAUAUCUGUUGUCGACGUCUUGGCACCCUUGAAGGUGAGGAUCUGUCUAUUAUCUGGCUGCAUAUUGACUGCGGCGACCACCCUCGCGUCUAUGCUUGCCUGUACAGAUCCCACAGCGGGAAUACUGGUACCGACCGAUUAUUUGAGCACAUCCAAGAGAUGAUCGACACCUUGCUUGUACAGUUCCCUUCUGCAGAGCUCGUGGUUUUAGGCGAUUUCAAUGCCCACCACGUUGAAUGGCUCGGGUCGCGUACAACUGACCACGCGGGACGAACUGUACACGAUUUUGCUCUAGCCUAUGGCCUAACACAGCUGGUCUCAUCGCCUACGCGAAUACCGGAUGUGGAGGGCCAUACUCCCUCUCUUUUGGAUCUUCUGCUGAGCACACAUCCCGAGAACUAUCAGGUCUCCGUCGUGGCCCCACUGGGGUCAUCAGACCAUUGCCUGAUACGGAGUAUGGUGCCACUUAUGGGCUCGAAACAGCAGACACCUGCAGCUCGACGCCGUGUGUGGCACUACAAGUCGGCAGACUGGGACGGAAUGCGUGGUUUUUUCGCUUCCUACCCAUGGGGGCCUGUUUGCUUCUCCUCGGAGGAUCCCAACGCUUGUGCUGAGUCUAUCACUGACGUGGUACUGCAGGGUAUGGAACUAUUUGUGCCAUACUCUGUUGUGCCCGUUGGUGGUAGAUCUAAGCCUUGGUUUGGACGUUCCUGUAACAUGGCGUCUCGUCAGAAACAGGAACUUUUUCAAGCCUGGGUUGCAGCAACGGCGUGUCGCGAUCCAAGCGUUGGUCUCAUCAGGAAGAAGUACAACUCUGCCUCCAGAUCCUACAAGAGAGAAAUCGCUAGGGCUAAAUCCAGUUAUAUUGGUGCACUUGGCGAUAGACUAGCGCGACUUCCUUCGGGAACACGGGCGUUUUGGUCCCUCGCCAAAGCCAUCCAAGGUAACUUCUGUCGUUCAUCCUUUCCUCCUUUGCACAAGGACGAAGACUCUCUGGCCCAUUCCGCUAAAGAGAAAGCCGAACUCCUGGGCGCUCUCUUUGCUAGGAACUCGACUCUUAAUGACAGGGGAAAGACACCGCCUACCAUCCCGCGGUGCAACCAUUCAAUGGCGGAUAUACGUUUCACACAACGUGCCGUUCGAAACGCUCUCUUUUCCCUUGACAUCCAUAAGUCGACAGGGCCGGAUGGAGUCUCCCCUAUUGUGCUUAGGACAUGUGCUCCUGAGUUGGCACCGGUUGUAACGCGUCUUUUUCGGCUCUCUUACGCCAAAGGAAUCGUUCCGAACUCGUGGAAGACUGCUCUUGUCCACCCAAUCCCUAAAAAAGGCGAUCGCUCAAAUCCGUCUAACUACAGACCGAUCGCCAUCACCUCUUUACUCUCCAAAUAA